CCUCAGUCUGGGAAGGUGCAGGAUCCGCCAAACCGUGCAUCGCACAGCGGCGGCCGGAGCAGACGCGGGAUGGUCGCAUGUCCCCAGCAGAGCAAGGCGGGGCAGCCGGAGAGCCUGGGGAAGUUUUUGGAGCCGUGAGGGAUACAGCAGUUCGGUCAAUAUUGUUUUAACAUGCUUCAAAUAAAUCAGAUGUUCUCAGUGCAGCUGAGUCUCGGUGAGCAGACAUGGGAGGCCGAAGGGAGCAGUAUCAAGAAGGCUCAGCAAGCUGUUGCUAGUAAAGCUUUGACAGAAUCUACGCUUCCCAGACCAGUUCAGAAACCACCGAAAAGUAAUGUCAAUAACAACCCAGGUAGUAUAACUCCAACUGUGGAGCUGAAUGGGCUCGCUAUGAAGAGGGGCGAGCCUGCCAUCUACAGGCCAUUAGACCCAAAGCCUUUCCCAAGUUACAGAGCUAAUUACAACUUCCGGGGCAUGUACAAUCAGAGGUAUCAUUGCCCAAUGCCCAAGAUCUUUUAUGUUCAGCUGACCGUAGGGAAUAAUGAAUUUUUUGGGGAAGGGAAGACUCGACAAGCUGCUAGACACAAUGCUGCGAUGAAAGCCCUUCAAGCGUUGCAGAAUGAACCUCUUCCAGAAAAAUCACCGCAGAAUGGCGAAUCCGGGAAAGAUAUGGAUGACGACAAAGAUGCAAAUAAAUCUGAGAUCAGCUUAGUGUUUGAAAUCGCUCUGAAGCGGAAUAUGCCGGUCAGUUUUGAGGUUAUUAAAGAAAGCGGACCGCCACACAUGAAAAGCUUUGUCACUCGGGUGUCAGUGGGAGAGUUCUCCGCAGAAGGGGAGGGAAAUAGCAAAAAGCUCUCCAAGAAGCGAGCUGCGACCACUGUGCUGCAGGAGCUACGGAAACUUCCACCUCUUCCUGUGGUCGAAAAGCCCAAACUAUUUUUUAAAAAACGCCCUAAAACAAUAGUCAAAGCUGGACCAGAAUAUGGUCAAGGAAUGAACCCCAUCAGCCGCCUGGCUCAAAUUCAACAGGCCAAAAAGGACAAGGAGCCCGAUUAUGUUUUGCUUUCAGAAAGAGGAAUGCCUCGACGUCGGGAAUUUGUGAUGCAGGUCAAGGUGGGCAGUGAAGUUGCUACUGGAACAGGACCUAAUAAAAAGAUAGCCAAAAAAAAUGCCGCAGAAGCAAUGCUAUUACAACUUGGUUAUAAAGCGUCCACUAGUCUUCAAGAUCAACUCGACAAGACAGGGGAAAACAAAGGAUGGAGUGGUCCAAAGGCUGGGUUUCCUGAACCAACAAAUAACACUCCAAAAGGAAUUCUUCAUUUGUCUCCUGAUGUUUAUCAAGAGAUGGAAGCCAGCCGCCACAAAGUAAUCUCUGGCACUACCUUAGGCUAUUUGUCACCCAAAGAUAUGAACCAACCCUCCAGCUCUUUCUUCAGUAUAUCUCCCUCUUCGAAUAGUUCAGCCACCGUUGCCAGGGAGCUCCUUAUGAAUGGAACAUCUACAGCUGAAGCCAUAGGUUUAAAAGGAAGUUCUCCUACUCCCCCUUGUUCUCCAGUACAACCUUCAAAACAACUGGAAUAUUUAGCAAGGAUUCAAGGCUUCCAGGUAUGAAUUAAAAGCAAAAAACAAAAACAAGAAAACAAAACCGUUCAUUAGCUUCAAAUCCUUCAUCUCUAUCCAUCAGAAAGCUCAUUCUUGCCUGCUAGUGUGACCUUAUGCCACUUACAUUGUAAAUUAUUCGGAACACAGAGGACAGAAAAAGGAGAGCCGUGUGCACACACCUCAUUGUCUUUUGUUAUCAGUCUACCCAGUCAUUCUUUUACUGCCUGGCUCUGCUCCAUGUUCCUUUUUCUUCCCCCUCCUCCUUAUUUUCAAAAACAUUUUCAUUCUCUGUUCUGUAUUCCGGUUGGUCUUGAUUGGGUGAAUCUAUCUCCACAAACAAAAACUCAGCCUUCAUACCUCUGGUAUGAGUUUUAAGCACUAAACUCUCCUUCCUUUUAUAGUACGGUUGAGUUUUUCCAAUGAUGAUUUUACUUGCACAGCAGCUUUGAAUUUGACAUUCUAUCGAUUCAGGCGUACUUAGGUACCACAUCCUAGAAGUCCAUUAUCUUAGGGAUUAAUUAAACAUGGCAUUAGGACAAUAAUGAACUGCUUCCUAGUUGGAAGGCAUAACAACAUAUAUUUGUCUUACUAGAUCGUGUUUUGAACCGUCUAGGCUGGCACCUGCCUCACUCAGAUGUACUGACAUUCUGUGUCACUGGGCAGUCUAAAACUAGCUUGUCGUCCACUUGUGUAUAUGAAUUUGGGGAUGGAAACUUUCUUUUUUUCCUAUUCUUUUGGGGGAAAAAAACAUCCAACGAUCAUUUAAGGAUAGAAGUUUUCAAAGAAUUGUUCAUUCUAGGAAGAGGAAAUACCCGUGUUCCGAUUUCAUAGUUGCCUUGAAAAUUAUGGACCGAAAUGUAACAGCCGACUUAACCGGGUGAACAGCAGUGCGCCUGUGUGUAGGGGCGUCUGCUCCCUCAGAUUUCACUGUUUUCAUCCCCUUUUCCAUCUUAGUCUUACUCGUUAAGACCAAAAACUGUAAUUUCCUUUAGACAUGCUCGAGAAGAUCUGUAUUAUGUAGAAUGAUCACGUAGUCAUAAAAAUUUUACAAGUUUAGAUACAAAAUAAGAAAGAAGGUGAUAUGUUUUGGGGGGAUUUUGCAUGUGUUUUUUUUUUUUCCUUCACAGAAAAUGGUUCCUUUCAAAUCUGUUGCCAGGUAGUCAUUAGCGUUUCUAGUUAGAUUAUUCAUGUGAAAUUAAAGAAACUGUUACCAAUUAGUGGCUCUGUCAUCUGAAAUUUUAAACACUUAAAAUUUUAGAAUUUGGUUUUGUUGUUUAUUAUAUGAAUGACAAUAAAUCACUGUUCAAAAUGAAAAAGACCUUGAUUCAUGCAGUUAGAGUACUGAGCAAAAGCUAAGUAAUUUUUAGUUCUGUUUAUGAUCUGCAUAGGGGGAACUAGAAAUAAACUGAGAGGGAAAGAAACUCACUGCUUAUUUACAAAUCUAGUCAUUUAGAAACACCUGAAAGUAACACCGUAUUUUUAUAGAAACAAAACACAAAUUGCAUUCAAGCUCCACAUUGAUUUUUUUCGUUCGGAGAUGUUACUUUGUUGGAUGUAACUUUGCUGCCAGAAGAACUACUUAAUAUUUUUAAAUUCGUAUUUAUUUGUUAAUUCUCGGCAAUGACAUCAAUUAUAAUUUUAACAUAUCUUUACUUCAGUCAAAAUAGAGAGUCUGUUUUCCCCAUUGUUGGGCUGACUGCUCAGGCUUUUUUUUUUUAAAGCUUAUCCAGAGAUACUAUACAUUAUUUAUGGACAAGUUAAACAUUUCCAAAUUUGUGUGCUUUUUACAUACUAAUGAAUAUCAGCAGGUGGUUUUAAAACAUUACUGUGCUGCUUUGGUCGAAUGAGCUUGGUAAUGAAGUGAAAUAUUGACCGUUUGUCGGAUCACAAUAUGCAGCCGAGCAGUAAACAGAAUCUUUGGGAAAUAGCUUAGUGUCCUGUCAGGCGCAUGGCAUGUCUUCACAAUGUCACAGUAGAAGGUUCUUUGUAGUUAAGACUUUUAAAGCCUUUUUCUUUAUGGGCAACUUUCUCGGCUAUAUUUACCUGGUAGAAAAACACGUAGAUUGUUUCUGUUUCUUGAAUGUGUUAAUUGGACUGUAGUUUAGAAAUUAUAGGGCCACAUUGUUAUGGAUUAUAUGCUAUUCUGUUAUUUUUAUUUCUGGAAUUUCAAAACAAUAAAUUCUUUUCUGUGUUUCUAGGUUAGUACUUUUUUGUUAUUGUACACUGAAUAGAUGUUAUUGCUUAUUGAAUGUUGUAUAAACCCUUCCAUGGCCUUCUUUGGCCAUUAAAAUUUGAUUUAAGCCUAUCAGAGCCAUUGUAUGUGACAGCUAUAUUGUAUUACAAAGUAAAAUUAUAUUAGUGUACUGAAAACUAAGUUGUUUUAACUUUUAAUUUUAUUACCCAGUCUUUAAUUAAAAUUUAUAAAUUACACAAAGCUUAUUUGCUCACCACAAUGUAGGUAUUAAGCUCCCAUUCUUUUGCUUAAGUCUAUAAAAAUUUUUAAAUUAUUAUACAAUUAAAGUUAUUAAUAAAGCCGACUUCACAGAGCAGAAUAUGACUGAA